CGUCAGUGUGUUUUCAAAUUCAAACCGGCACGCUGCAGUGUCAGUGUGUGUUAGCUGUUCUGUUGACGGUACAGUGCUGGUGUAGUGUGUUAGCUGUUCUGUUGACGGUACAGUGCUGGUGUAGUGUGUUAGCUGUUCUGUUGACGGUACAGUGCUGGUGUAGUGUGUUAGCUGUUCUGUUGACGGUACAGUGCUGGUGUAGUGUGUUAGUUGUUCUGUUGACGGUACAGUGCUGGAGCGCUGGUGUAGUGUGUUCGUCGCUGCUCUUCUAGCAAAAAUUCUGUGGAUUGUAAUUGGGGGACUACUGUUUGGGCUGGACCUAUUGGACUGUGUGUUUGUGUGUUCGGACCUGGCAUACACACGUGUAUGUGUGUGUAUGAACGAUCUAUAUUGUGACUGAACAACACACGUGCAAACAGUAAUUGUUAGGAGGGUGUGGAUUACCCGUAUAUGGGCAGUGUGUGUAGAUGUGUGUGUGUGUAAAUGUCUGUGGCAGUGGAAUCAGGAAUGGACAGCACACUUCAGAGGAGAGAAGAGAGCCACCCUGCAAUGGACUGCACGAACGGCGAGGCCCGACUGGGCCCUCCCAUCAUCAUGUGUACCCGUCCAUAUCCAGACUGCAGUGUGGAGCAGGGGGAGUGUUGUGACAUGGACAGUACCAAUGAGAGCGGGGUGGGCUCUGACACCUCUGACGGGGGGCGGAGCAACGAGAAGGAGGAGGGGCUCGGCGGACUGUUCAACAAUUCUGGCCAGCUGAUUGGCUCGGCUUCUGCGUCCGUCUUCUCGGGGGAGGAGCAGUUUGAGGACUACGGAGAGGGGGAGGACGUGGACUACACUCCCAGCAGCCCUUGCCCCGACGAUGACGUGCGCACCAACGGCUUCUCAGACCUGGGCUCCUCUCUGCCCUCCAGUGCUGGUCAGACCCCUCUGAAGAUGUGUCACCUGUACAACAGUGAUGUGUUGGAUGUAUAUUGUUCUCAGUGCUAUAAGAAGGUUAACCUGCUCAACGACCUGGAGGCCAGGCUCAACAACCUCAGAGCCAACAGCCCCAACAGAAAGAUAUCCAGCACUGCCUUUGGACGUCAGUUGUUCCAACACAACCACAGUGCUUUUAGCAGCAGUCAGGGAAGCACAGAGGACCUGUUCAGAGACUCCAUCGACUCUUGUGAUGUGGACAUUACUGAGAAGGUGAGUUACCUGGAGAAGAAGGUGACAGAGCUGGAGAAUGACAGUCUGGCUAAUGGAGACCUCAAGUCUAAACUCAAACAGAGCAACACACAGCUAGUACACAGGGUUCAUGAGUUGGAGGAGCAGCUGAAGGAUCAGGAGAGCAGAGCAGAACGGACCCUGGAGGAAGAGACACAUAGACACAGAGAGACCUACUGCAAGAUGGAGAGAGACAAGAAUACUGAUAUAGAGCUGCUCACUAACAGAGUUCAGCAGAUGGAGGAGGAGAAUGGAGAGAUGAAACUGAACGUUUGUAAACUGAAGUCUCAGACUGAGAAACUAGACCAGGAGAAGCAGCGUAUGACAGACCGGUUAGAGGACACCAGUCUGAGGCUGAAGGAUGAGAUGGACCUCUACAGGAAGAUGAUGGACAAGCUGUGGCAGAACAGACAUGAAUUCCAGAAGGAGAGAGAGGCCAUGCAAGAGUUGAUAGAGGACCUGCGUCGGGAGUUGGAGCACCUGCAGCUGUUUAAACUGGGUUCAGAGGCGGGGCAGGGGGCGGGGCUAUCAGAAUACAACGCCAAGACACGGGAAAUAGAGAUGGAGCAUGAGGUCAAGAGACUCAAACAGGAGAACUUUAAGCUGCGGGACCAGAACGAUGACCUGAACAGUCAGAUCCUCAGUCUGAGUCUGUAUGAAGCUAAGAACCUGUUUGCCUGCCACACCAAGGCCCAGUCACUGGCUGCUGAGAUAGACAACGCUUCUAGGGACGAGUUGGUAGAUGCUCUGAAGGAACAGGAAUGUGUAAACCUUCGUCUGAGACAGUAUAUGGAUAAAAUCAUCCUGGCCAUUCUGGACCACAACCCCUCAAUCCUGGAGAUCAAGAGUAACAGUUAAACACACACUCUCACACACACACUCUCACACACACACUUCCACGCCUGGGGAUGGGACAGAACUUAAAACAACUGACAGCUGUCUGUGGUUUACAGCUGAAACUCGCCGUCUAUCUGUCAAUCAACUGUUAGAUGUCCCGCCUCCUUUAUCUAUCCCACCAAUGAUUAACUGUUGUUAUGUUGCCAAGAAAAGAAACGGUGGUAUUGAAUGACUCUACCUGGAUGAUGUUGUGUUGGAGUAGCUAUCUGGAGACUAGUAGUAUUAUCAUGGUGUUCACUUUAUUAUGAUGAUGAGGAGGAUGAGAAUUAUUCUAAGUUAUGCAGACACACUCCCUCUGGGUUCACUAGCUCCAGUAUGACUGUCCAUUAGCCUCGAAUGAUGUAAUCAUUUAUUACUGAUUCAACAAUGGGAAUAUUUGCAAACAGAGCACCACUUCUGAUUGGCUAACUGAGCUGUUCAAUCACAUUCAAAAGUGGGUAAAGGUCGUAGGUGAGCGGAUGAGGAAGUAACAGAUAGUGUGGGUAGGUUAAGGAAAGGAAUUUAAGAUCUGAUAGCUUGGUAGAGAUGGAGUCGUUGGCCCUAUUGGGGCUGUUCUGAUGUUUGAUGCCAGGAUACAGUACCAGUCAACAGUGAGGUGUGCAACAGGGACCAAGGGUGUGUCUCAAUAGUCACUUCCUCUUCUUGUCUUCUCUUUCAUCUUCAGUGAUAGGAUAGGUGAAAGCUGCUCGACUCAGAUAUUUCAUUUCACCUGUCCUGUCUUCUUUGAUCAGUGCAAAUCAAGGAAAGGAAAUGAAGGAGACUCACCCCAAGUUUAAUCUCCACACUGAUUCCUCUGGUCGUGAAGGUUAAACUUCUGAUUCUAUGACCCAGUUACUCUCUGGUCGUGAAGGUUAAACUUCUGAUUCUAUGACCCAGUUACUCUCUGGUCGUGAAGGUUAAACUUCUGAUUCUAUGACCCAGUUACUCUCUGGGCGUGAAGGUUAAACUUCUGAUUCUAUGACCCAGUUACUCUCUGGUCGUGAAGGUUAAACUUCUGAUUCUAUGACCCAGUUACUCUCUGGUCGUGAAGGUUAAACUUCUGAUUCUAUGACCCAGUUACUCUCUGGUCGUGAAGGUUAAACUUCUGAUUCUAUGACCCAGUUACUCUCUGGGCGUGAAGGUUAAACUUCUGAUUCUAUGACCCAGUUACUCUCUGGUCGUGAAGGUUAAACUUCUGAUUCUAUGACCCAGUUACUCUCUGGGCGUGAAGGUUAAACUUCUGAUUCUAUGACCCAGUUACUCUCUGGUCGUGAAGGUUAAACUUCUGAUUCUAUGACCCAGUUACUCUCUGGUCGUGAAGUUUAAACUUCUGAUUCUAUGACCCAGUUACUCUCUGGGCGUGAAGGUUAAACUUCUGAUUCUAUGACCCAGUUACUCUCUGGGCGUGAAGGUUAAACUUCUGAUUCUAUGACCCAGUUACUCUCUGGGCGUGAAGGUUAAACUUCUGAUUCUAUGACCCAGUUACUCUCUGGUCGUGAAGGUUAAACUUCUGAUUCUAUGACCCAGUUACUCUCUGGUCGUGAAGGUUAAACUUCUGAUUCUAUGACCCAGUUACUCUCUGGGCGUGAAGGUUAAACUUCUGAUUCUAUGACCCAGUUACUCUCUGGUCGUGAAGGUUAAACUUCUGAUUCUAUGACCCAGUUACUCUCUGGGCGUGAAGGUUAAACUUCUGAUUCUAUGACCCAGUUACUCUCUGGGCGUGAAGGUUAAACUUCUGAUUCUAUGACCCAGUUACUCUCUGGGCGUGAAGGUUAAACUUCUGAUUCUAUGACCCAGUUACUCUCUGGGCGUGAAGGUUAAACUUCUGAUUCUAUGACCCAGUUACUCUCUGGGCGUGAAGGUUAUAACUUGUUAUGAAGUGUCAUGACCUGUCAUAAGCAUUUAAGACAGGCGUCGUACUGGUGUCAUAGCGUUGUUUAUAGGCUUAACGAUGCAAAGUGAACAAAGUAUAAUAAACAAUGACACCCUAUUCCCUUUAUAGUGCACUACUUUGGACCAGGGCCCAAUGACACCCUAUUCUCUUUAUAGUGCACUACUUUGGACCAGACCCAAUGACACCCUAUUCUCUUUAUAGUGCACUACUUUGGACCAGACCCAAUGACACCCGAUUCUCUUUAUAGUGCACUACUUUGGACCAGGACCCAUAGGGAUUAGGGUGCCAUUAGGGAUGCAUGGACAGUGUAGGUACUACUAGGAGUAUAACCAGCUUGUUGUGCUGUAUAGUAAUGUAUAACCUCCGUGCACGGACUUACGUGUUGCUGUAGAAGCACUAGAUGAGCGUAGUAGGGAAACACAUUGUAUUACGGUCCUCAUGUAAUUCUACACUGAAAACAUAGGGUCCUGUUCAAUAGGGAUACAUUGUUUUCAAACUGAGUCGAAUGGUACAAGUACUACCUGAACUUGUCCAAUAAGAACAAAUGUUUUUGUUUUCCGUCGCAAAACGUUUUGCUACCGUGUGCCCUAGUGAACACGACCCACCCUGGACUUGAAAAAGGCCAACAAGAGGUAUCAAUGUGGUAGUUAUUUAGGGGACAAACCUAACUUUCCACUCAAGUCAAACUGUUCACUCAGUCAUGCCUUGAUGUCAAUGGGAGACGAGGUGAAAAUGUUACGUAAAUGGAAGUUAGGAUUUGCCUCUAAGAGAAUAAGUGUCAUGAGUUGUUAGGACAAUGUCUAUAAAGGUUAAAUGUUUAUUUUUCAUACAGAUCUAUAAGAUGAUAAAGGUUGUGGUCGGUCUUUUGAUCAGACUGGAAUGAGGGUAAGGAGAUGUCAGAGCAUUGGGGGUGAGAUCUGUCCAUUAUCGAGAACAACAUGGUAGUCACUAUAAUCAAUGAAUCGCCAUGACGAUAAUCCCUGGAUCUAGGGUGUAUGUAAGAGGGUGGGGCCAGCUCAUAUAUAGAGUGUAUAGGUUCUGUAAUACCUAUAGAUUGAGAGAGCUCUUUUCUGUGUAUGUCAUGAUUGUACUGUGCCACCCACACACACACACACCACAGUAGCUUGUUGAAUUCACUGUACUGUAGAUGGAUAGAUAGCCAGGACUUCAGGUCAUUGAUUUCACCUCGUUAAUAACUGAUUGUGUCUCUAAAGAAGAAUCUGUGUAGACAGUCAGUGUGAUGUCACACUAACACUAGUUUUGCUUCGUUGCACAAAUUGUACUAAUGAGCAGUUUUCUCAUGGUGUUUUCAUGGUUUCUCAUGUUCUCUCAUGGUUUCUCAUGUUCUCUCAUGGUUUCUCAUGUUCUCUCAUGGUUUCUCAUGUUCUCUCAUAGUUUCUUCAUGUUCUCUCAUGGUUUCUCAUGUUCUCUCAUGGUUUCUCAUGUUCUCUCAUGGUUUCUCAUGUUCUCUCAUGGUUUCUCAUGUUCUCUCAUAGUUUCUUCAUGUUCUCUCAUGGUUUCUCAUGUUCUCUCAUGGUUUCUCAUGUUCUCUCAUGGUUUCUCAUGUUCUCUCAUGGUUUCUCAUGUUCUCUCAUGGUUUCUCAUGUUCUCUCAUAGUUUCUUCAUGUUCUCUCAUGGUUUCUCAUGUUCUCUCAUGGUUUCUCAUGUUCUCUCAUGAUUUCUCAUGUUCUCUCAUGUCUUAUUCAGUUUCUAGUUUUUCUUUGUGCCUUUUGUAAAUGAGCAACGAGGUGUCACCAUUAGAUUGAGGUUAUUUUUCUAGUCAUGUUUUUUUAGUUUGUCCGUUGGUCAUCGUGAGUGAGCUUUUUAUAUCAGUUUGCUUUCCAACACGUCGCCGGAGCAUUUUUCAUACAUUGUAAAGUUUCUACAGAAUGUAGUUAGUUUGUAUUGAUGUGCCACUGACUCAUCCAACCUAAUAACUAGUAUUUUAUAGAGUUUAAAAAAGGAGUUCUAUCCUAGAGGUGAUGUUCUGUGUGACCUGGAAAUGUAUAGCACAUGUUAAUGACGUUGUCGUAGCGACUGUAUUUACUAUAGGAUGACCACCCUGGACUGAUAAACAACAUCAACAGGCUGAGUCUGGAACUAGGGAAUUAGAAUCAUAGAAUCAUUCUAAUUCUGUGUGACUGAAAACAGCCAAGGCUUGAAAAGUCCCAUGGUUUAAUACUGUGAAUCUCAGGCCCCGUUUGAGUACUUUAACAAUGCAUCCUACCAUCAUCUUCUCCUUGAGGUAAUAUAAUCACUGAUUAGGAAGGGAUUGGAUAAGUGAAUGCAUGUUUGCCAUCAUGUUUACACCUGUCUAACAUGGUCAGAUCAGUGAUGACUUGGAGGGAGGAAGGAUGCAUCUGUGAGGUAUUUGAACAGGCCCGUCAGUCUUUCGAUAGACAUAUCGUGAUGUGUUCACCUCACGCUAAAGAUCACUGAUGUUGUUCUGCUCAUGUACUGUUGGUCUGACAGUGACUUAUAGGAUGUUGUACAAACUUGAAAAUGUAAAUAAAAUGAAUUUGCUUUGGCAUGACCAAGGA